AUGUCGUACCCUUCGGCAUCCGCCGCGCUCCACGAGGACGAGGACGAGAACGCCCAAAUGCUCGCAGGCCCAAGCCGUUCUUCCUCGGCAACCGUCGGCAGUCCAGACGACGAGAUUGAGCUCGACGUGAUCAAACGCUACGAAGACUUUAGCACAGUCGGCAAGUACUGGAUCCAAGACUCCCUUCGCGAGCGUCACCGCAAGACACGCCCGUUCCGACCAAACUCUGUGACAGACCGCUUGAACAAUCUCGAUGGCGCGCCUGGAUACAUGUGGCGCGCCAUCAGUCGGGCCCUCGAGCACGGCGAGAGCUACGUGAUCAUUACUCUGACAGGCAUCGGCAUUGGCGUCAGUGCGGCCAUCAUGUCUAUCAUGACCAGUUGGCUGGCAGACAUCAAGCUCGGACACUGUUCAACUGGCUGGUGGCUCAACCGCAAGUUCUGUUGUCUUGAGAUCUCGGACGAGGACACCUGUGAGGAGUGGCAUCAGUGGGGAGCAAUACAGCCCUUCCCCUGGAUGGCCUACGUCAUGUUUGCGGGUGCGUUUGCGUUCACCGCAGCCUAUCUCGUUCGUAGCUUUGCGCCGUACGCCGCAGGUUCAGGUAUCUCGGAGAUCAAGUGCAUUAUUGGAGGGUUUAUCAUCAAAGGUUAUCUCGGUAUCGAGACGCUGUUGAUCAAGGCGAUGACAAUGUCGGCAAGGAGGGACCUUCCGUCCAUGUCGCAUGUGCUGUCGGAAACGUCGUCGCUCGCAUGUUCCCAAGACACAAGAAUAGCCAACAUGAGAGAAAUCUUAACAGCGGCUAGUGCAGCUGGUGUCGCCGUCGCUUUCGGUUCUCCUAUCGGAGGAGUGCUGUUCUCUAUCGAGGCAUUCUCAACUCGCACAAUGUGGCGCAGCUUCAUCUGUGCACUUGUGGCCACUUUCACCCUUUCUUCCAUGGACCCCUUCCGCACUGGCAAGCUCGUUCUGUUCCAGGUCUCGUAUGACCGAGACUGGCACUACUUUGAGAUGCCCGCUUACAUCCUCAUUGGCGUCUUUGGCGGUUGCUACGGAGCGUUCGUGUCCAAGUACUACCUCCAAGUCGCCGCGUUCCGUCGCAAGCACCUCGCCACACACGGAGUGGCCGAAGCAGUCAUCCUCGCGUGCAUCACCGGCUUUAUCCAGUACCUCAACCGCUUCCUCCGCAUCGACAUGACCGAGGCCAUGUCCAUUCUCUUCCGCGAAUGCGAGGGUGGUGGUGACCAUGAUGGUCUGUGCCAAGCCUCGUCGCAGUGGAGUAUGGUCAACUCACUCCUUCUCGCCACGAUCCUCCGCACGGGCUUUAUCAUCGUCUCGUAUGGUACCAAGAUCCCUGCUGGUAUCUUCGUGCCCUCGAUGGCCGUUGGCGCCACGUUCGGUCGUAUGGUCGGCAUCACCAUGAAGGCCAUGCAGCAGGCAUACCCCAACGCUCCAUGGUUUGCGGCUGCGUGCGCUCCGGACGCACCAUGCAUCACUCCCGGAACUUACGCCUUCCUCGGUGCUGGUGCAGCUCUCGGUGGUAUCACCGGCCUGACAGUCACCGUCGUGGUCAUCAUGUUCGAGCUUACAGGUGCUCUCACGUACAUCCUCCCCACCAUGCUUGUCGUCCUCGUCACCAAGGCUGUUGGCGAGCAGUUCGGCAAAGGUGGCAUUGCCGACCAGAUGAUCCGUUUCAACGGCUUCCCAUUCUUGGAGAAGGAAGAUGCCGAGGCGGGUGACAAGACAUUCAUUGAGCCGAUGAACGAGAUUGUCCAGAGCACCAACUUCCAGGGUUUCCCUGUCGUACGCAGCGAGACGGACCGCACCAUUGUUGGCUUUAUCCGCAAGACGGAUCUGCGAUACGCUCUCGACCGCGCUCACAGGACACAUCACAUCUCGUCUGCCGCGCUCUGUACCUUCCAGGAACGCUCCGACGCGCUUGAGCAGGAGGACGGCACUUUCCCCCAGCCUGACAUUGUUAUCCCGCCGACCACCGCGAGUGAUCACAACCCCUACUCGCGCGCGAUGGUUGACCGCGUCGACUUUGGCCUCUACGUGGACGAGAUGCCCCUUGAGAUUGUCCUCCAGCUCUUCCGUCGCAUGGGACCGCGCGUCAUCCUCGUCUCCCACGAAGGCCAGCUCGUGGGCCUGGUCACUAUCAAGGACGUGCUGCGCCACGAAGCCACUGAAAAGCACAAGGAAGCCGUUACUCAAAACCAGAACCAUUCCCGCCUCAAUUCCUGGGAAGGCGAAUGGACCAGCGUCGCGGGGGAGGCUACCCCGCGCCCGCCCGAUGCUUCUCUCGAGCACCUGUUGGAAGACGGCUUUGCAUGGGCCCAGACUCGCGGUGUGCACGUUGUCAACGACGUGAUUACCCGCGUGCGUAAUGCCCGGACGACCGGGGCCGGAGCGACCCCAUACGAUAACCACGACUACAGCUUUGAGAUGGAGGCGGAGGAGCAGAGGGAGCAGAGGAACGACUAG